UCAAAAGUGUCAAAACAAGUCGCCUGAUCGAUGCAGACUGAAAAAUUGAAAUUUAGUUUCCUCUUUUGUGCAAAAUCUUAUUCAUGAUUUAAAAACUUAAGAUAUUAAACGUAUUAAAGACUAAAAUAAAUUAUACAGAAUGAAGUUUCUUUACGUAUUAUUGUUCGUUGGCGUGAAUUUUGGCAAUGUCAUCUGCGCUGUUAACCCAGUGGAAGAAGAAGUUGGGAAUGGGCGCUACGUGAUAGAAGGUAGAGUGUUUCCGCCGGAGGAGCUGGCUCACGUGAACUGGCAGACUGAGAUGCGCAUCCACGUCAAUGGGGGAGAGUUCAUUGGCUUCGUUCGCAACGACGGCUCCUUUGUUGUUCACAACGUUCCGUCAGGCUCGUAUGUAGUGGAAGUGGUCCAUCCGGACUACAUGUACGAACCCGUCCGCGUAGAGAUCAAUUCCAAAGGCAAAUACCGCGCUCGGAAACUGAACUUCAUCCAGACGUCUCAAGUUAUUCAAGUGCCAUACCCGCUACGCAUGAAAGCAUUGUCCAAAUUCCGCUACUUCCAAAUUCGUGAACAGUGGAGGCUGACUGACUUCCUAUUCAACCCUAUGGUGAUAAUGAUGGUGUUGCCGCUUGUGUUGAUAAUGAUCUUGCCGAAGAUGAUGAAUGAUCCAGAGACCAAGGAGGACUUGAAGCAGAUCAGCAACUUGACCAGGAUGUCAGACAUGCCAGAGAUGUCCGAGAUGAUCACCAGUCUUUUCAGUGGAGGCUCCACGGCUAAAGCCUCUGCCUCUAAAGCGAAACAAGUCAAAAAGAAACAGUGAUGUGAUAAAUCAAUGACUAAGUAUUUAUAAUCAGUCUGUGUAUAGAUUUAGCUGUUUUUAUUUAAUAAAAUAUUUAAAAAUA